ACCAUUGAGCAAACAUUUGAUCCAAACCCACUUUAGGAACAAUUUCGCUUUGCAACAAACACAACCAGAAGCCGGGCUUUUUCACGUCGAAAAGGCAUUCGUUUGAUUGGGAAACUUUUUAAAGGUUAAAAUUCUUGUUGUGCCUUUGAUCGUGUACAUUAGCACAUCCAGCAAAAGAUGGGCGAAGGAUUGACCGAUAAGGAAGCGAAGGAGCUGCUGAAGCUUCCGGAUGCCGAAACGAAGAACUUCCUGUUCCAACAAACGAUGUACCGCAUUAAAGAUCCGCGGGCUUCGCUACCGUUCUACAACGAGGUGCUAGGCAUGAAUCUGCUGUGCAAGCUGGACUUUGCGGAAGCCAAAUUUUCCCUCUACUUCAUGGGCUACGAGGACAUUGGAAGCCAACCGUCUGAUCGUAAGGAAUGUAUACAGUGGGCAAUGAGCCGGAAAGCGACACUUGAGCUUACGCACAACUGGGGCACGGAGAAUGAUCCCGAGUUCAAGUACCACAACGGUAACAGCGAUCCGCGCGGAUACGGUCACAUCGGUAUUAUGGUGCCGGACGUAAAGAAGGCUUGCGAGCGGUUUGAUCGGUUGGGCGUCGAGUAUGUCAAGCGUCCCGAUGAGGGCCGUAUGAAGGGAUUGGCCUUUAUCAAGGAUCCGGACGGCUACUGGAUUGAGAUUUUCAAUGCAUCCACGGUGCAGGCGCACUGAACCUAAUGGGCUGGGAUCGAUGCAUUCGCGAUUAAAUGUUGAAUUUAUAUGUGUUUUCUGGACAUCAGUAUCGGAACAGAAACGGGCCAAUAAUUAUUAUUAAUAUGAAUGAAGCAAUUGGGGUUUUUUUUGGUUUGUUGCGGCAAAUAAAAACACCGUGCCUUGCUAUUGUA